AUGUAUUGUUAUUAUUAUUGUAAUAGUUACUUAUUACUCUUAUUGCUGUGAAUUUGUUGGCCCCGUCGCAACGUUUUUGAAAUUUAUGGUUUUGCGAUGGAGGAGAAUAAAACUGAAGAGACAGUAUUUAAAGUGCCCUGUACGAAAUUAUUUGGUCCUAGACCGGGCUUAAAGAAACCAGUAUUAUGUCCUGAUAUGAAAACAACCAAAUGUGACGAUGUGACGACCAAAAAUGAAAUAGAAAAUAUAGAAGAAACGACUGGCGAAAAAAUCGACCAACCGAAGAAAAUCGUUAAAAAAACAUCAUUAGUUCCUAUUCCAUAUGAAGAGCCAUCAUGGGGCGGUAAACCUGGGGAUAAAUACUUUUUAGAGGAGUUAAAAUCGGGUGUGAUGUUAAGUACAAUACAAUUGGAAAGUAGAUCUUUUCAUUGUUUUGGACGCCUAGAUAACUGCCAUGUGACAUUGGCACAUCCUACAAUUUCACGUUUUCAUGCAGUUCUUCAGUAUCGUUCUACUUUUUCCACCACUGACGAUAAUAGAGGUUUUUAUUUAUAUGAUUUAAGUAGUACACAUGGAACUUUUUUAAACCGUUCAAGAAUUAAGCCUAAAACAUAUACAAAAGUUCACGUAGGGCAUUUGAUUAGUUUUGGUGGUAGUACCAGAAUGUAUUUAUUGCAAGGACCAACAGAUGAUGAAGAGAAAGAGUCAGAGUUGACAGUUACUGAAUUGAAAGCUAAACGACAAGCAGAACUUGAACAAAGAGAACGAGAUCAAAAGUUGCAGAAACUUAAAAAGGAAGAAGAAGAAAGAAAAAAACUAGAAAUAGGUGUUGACUGGGGGAUGGGAGAAGAUGCUGAUGAAGAAGAAGAUAUUAAAGAAAAUCCUUUUGCUCCUAAAGAAAAUGAACAAUUAUACUUGGACGAUCCAAAAAAAACAUUGAAAGGUUGGUUUGAUAGAGAAGGACAAGAAUUAGUGUAUGAUGUUUCAGAAAAAAGAUUUGGAACAUUUACAUGUCGCAUCGAAUUACCAAUAGCAAAUAUUACUGGAAAACCACAAAUUGCUGAAGCUACAGUAAGUGGUAAAAAAAAAGAAGCAAUUGUACAUUGUGCUUUGGAGGCAUGUAAGCUUUUGGACAUGUAUGGUCUUCUAAGACAAUCUACUCAUGAAAGUAGAAAACGCAAAGAGAAAAAUUGGGAAGAAGAAGAUUUUUAUGAUAGUGAUGAAGAUAAUUUCUUAGAUCGAACAGGGGAGAUUGAUGCUAAACGUAAAAAAAGGAUGAAAAAGUUUGGGAAAUCUGCAGAAACUGUUGAUACUUUUGAGACAUUGAUGGAAAAACAUAAAAUUCUUGUCACUGAUCUCAAGCAUAUCAAGAAUAAAAUUAACAGAUUAAACAGAAAUGUUAACAAAGAUUAUGGAGAAAAUAAUGAUGAAGACUCUUUAGAGUCUUAUAUGUCUGAUCUCAGAAAUUAUAAAACCGUUGACAAAAUUGAAAUUAAGAGAUUAAAAAUGAAAAUGAAUGAACUUCAAAAUGAAGAAGAAAAGUUAAGAAAAAUAAUCAAUAUUGUACGACCAACCACUUUACCAGAACUUUUAAACCCUCAGACAGAAGAUAAUAAUUCUAAUGUAGAACAGACCAUCAAAGUAAAUACUACAAAUAACAGUCAAUUGGUAACAAAACCUACAAUACCAGAAGUUAAAAAAAUAAAAUCUGAUGUUCAAGAAAAAGAAAAAAUGGUCCACAAUGAAAAAAAAUCUGAAGCAGUUAUCAAAGAAAAAGAUGUAUUAAAAGAAGUUGAAGAAAAAAUAUUAAGAGAAUUGAAAGAAGCUGAAAAGAGACAAAAACAGUUGGAGAAAAAAGAUAAAAAGAUCAUUGCUAAAAGUUUCGAAAAAGAUGUAUCAGAAGACUUUGGAAACAUGAUUUGGAAACCACCAGCUGAUCAAACUGGUGACGGACGAACUAAUUUAAAUGACAAAUACGGUUAUUGAUUGAUAUAUAAUACAUUUAUGUUGUACUGUACAGUUUGUGAAUAAAUGUAAAUUUAUUAU